GCUGCAGCGGCGGAGAGAGGCAGCUCGGAGGAACCGGGACUCUCACCAUCAGCAGGGGACGCGAGGAGCAGCCAAACAAAGCCGUUUCUGUCCCGAGCAACACCUGCAUACUGCUGUCUUCAACACUGGUGUGGAAUCAGCGAGGGGCCGUGUGCGAGGUACGGGGGAACACGCUGGUGGACAGUUCGCUGCCUAGUUGCUCGUGGUAACUCUCCGCCAUGCCUUUCCCCUUUGGCAAGUCCCACAAGUCACCAGCGGACAUCGUCAAGAACCUUAAAGACAGCAUGACGGUCCUAGAGAAACAUGACAUUUCUGAUAAAAAGGCGGAGAAGGCUACAGAGGAGGUGUCGAAGAGCUUGGUGGCCAUGAAGGAGAUCCUCUAUGGCACAAAUGAAAAAGAGCCCCAGACAGAAGCAGUGGCCCAGCUAGCACAGGAGCUCUACAACAGUGGCUUACUCAUCAUCCUGAUAGCAGACCUGCAGCUCAUCGACUUCGAGGGGAAAAAAGAUGUAGCACAAAUCUUCAACAACAUCUUGAGGCGUCAAAUUGGUACUCGAACACCGACUGUAGAGUACCUUUGUACCCAGCAGAAUAUUCUCUUCAUGUUGCUUAAAGGGUACGAGUCUCCAGACAUUGCUCUAAACUGUGGCAUCAUGCUGAGGGAGUGCAUCAGACACGAACCGCUGGCCAAAGUCACGCUGUGGUCAGAGCAGUUCUAUGACUUCUUCAGAUAUGUUGAGAUGUCCACAUUCGACAUCGCCUCAGAUGCAUUUGCCACUUUCAAAGACCUUCUCACAAGACACAAGCUACUGAGUGCAGAGUUUCUGGAGCAACAUUAUGACAAAUUCUUUAGUGAAUAUGAGAAGUUGCUCCACUCGGAAAACUACGUGACUAAACGACAGUCCCUCAAGUUAUUGGGAGAGUUGCUUCUCGACCGACACAAUUUCACCAUAAUGACGAAAUACAUCAGCAAGCCGGAGAAUCUCAAGCUCAUGAUGAACCUUCUACGGGACAAAAGCCGCAACAUCCAGUUUGAGGCGUUCCAUGUUUUUAAGGUGUUUGUGGCCAACCCCAACAAGACGCAGCCCAUUCUGGACAUCCUGCUGAAGAACCAGACCAAACUCAUCGAAUUCCUCAGCAAGUUCCAGAACGACAGAACAGAGGAUGAACAAUUCAAUGAUGAAAAGACUUACCUGGUGAAACAGAUCCGGGACCUGAAGAGGCCCCAGCCCCAGGAGGCCUGAGGGGGCGCGGAGGUGCAGGAAGAAGCCACCAGAACCAGGUCUGGACAACAGCCAGACAACGCCUGCUUAACAGACCCAUCAGCAGCCGUUGUUCUGGUUUUCAAACAAAAGCUGAGGAACAAAUAAACAUACACAUUAACUCAUCUGGAAGUCGCCAGCUCCUCCGCCCCUUAAGAAUGGUUCUUUUUUUUUUUGUUUUCCAGUCUUUUUCCUUCAAAAUGAGAAAAUGGUAGUUGCUGCUGCUUUCUUGCACAUUGAGAUGCUAAAGGUAUAUGAUAAUGACACCACAGUCCAGCAAACAUUGAUACAGAAAAUGUUCAUGCAUUUUAUAGUAAGGCAGAUUUCCUCAGAGACACUCAAGCAUCAAAGGUUGACACGUUUACAUACAUGCAUAUCACAUAAAGAAUCAUGCAUACACACAUGCUGAAAGGACGUCACCUCAAGCAUUGUGAUGGAAAUGGUACGAGCAAGUUGAACCUCAGUGUGGUUGUUGCAUGCCUUGAAAUGUGACAGAUCUAUGGCUGUAACCAGAGUUGGGUUUCUGGUGGCCCGCCCAGCCUGGCACCCGCAUUCACUGACACAGACUUGAAAAUUCGUGCGCAACUCAGCAACGGCUAUGGUUCAGAUCUAUGCCUUCAUCCAAUAAAGCAACCAUGGGUAAUUUUACUGGGGCUGAGCUCUCCGAUGGCAUCUCUUGGAAGCAUUUACCUCUUAUGUGCUCUGUUAUAACAAGGCACCUGAAGCACAUUUGGAGAGAAGGGAGAGAUGUAAGGCAUGGAUAUGUUAGAACCCAAGAACUGGGUCUUUUUUUAUCAUUAUUAUUAUUAUUAUUAUUAUUAUUCUCUUCUUCUUGGGACAGGGUGAUCAUGUACAUACAUGUACAUAUGCCUUUUUUUUCUUUUUAUUUUGCUUUGUCAAUUUUUGUUUAACCUUGACAUGAAUAUAUUAUAUAUAGAUAUAUUACCUUAAACAACAUGUUUUCGGUUAAUGGUAUUCAAAUCACUUUGCUAAAGCAUCAAAAUGACAAUUGUUUUUGCAUUUAAUUUACUGCUGAAAUGGUUGCUGGUGGAUUUCUUUUUUUCUUUUUAACUUAUAGGGCCAGCUCACAUUUAGCUAACCUAUAGGAUAUUAACAAUUUGUACAGCAGAGGAAUGUCAUUGUAAUAGCUCUGGAUCUGUUAAUCUUUUAUUUUAUUAUUUUGUUGGUUUUUUUCUGUUUUUUACUGUGGGCCUUUUAUUUUGAGCACCUCUGCUGAUGAUGUGCAGGGGUGUGAGCAGUGCAGACGGGGAUGAAAGGGAAUAGCAGAGCAUUAAGUGAAACAUUAAAGCCUGUUUGUGCACUUUGCAAGUUGCUGGGUGAGUGAUAUCCCCUAACCAGAGCUGUUCAGGAGUUCCCUAUUCUGCAGUAGCUUCUUGCCUCCCAUUCUUCUCACUUUGGGGAGGGACCUUGGAGUGCCAUGUGGCCCCACUGUUAACUGUGCUUCAGGUGGGAACCCACUGUGAUGUUGAGAACUUAGCAAACUAAUCCGUUUUCUAUGGUUCUCUUCUCCGUGUGCGAGAGCCUUUUGUCCUCUUAAGGUCUUAUAAUUCCAGUACAAAGGUGAGUAUGACGUAUCGGGGGUAACGAGGUUUGGGCUUUAGGAUAUUCUUUGGGGCACAGAGCAAAACUGAUGGAAACAGUUUUGAGGGACAUUCUUCAGUGUCGAAUGACAGAAUGUAGAUGUUCAGUUAAGAAAAUCUGAAGCCACCACAGAUGUUUAAGAGCCCACCAUCCCUCCAUGCACAUUGAACAAGCAUGUUGCUUCACUGGCUGUGCAUGAUGCUGUACUACAAUGUACUGGAAUUGUUCCCCCUCCAAGGAUUCAACAACAUUCAGAUGGGAAAAUUAAACUCCUGGCAAUGUGGCUGUAUACUGAUUUUGACCCCGGUUUCAGCAUUAGGUGUGGGGGUGCUUUCAGAUGUGUCAAAGACCUGAGCCCAACAAUCAAAAUAAAGAGAAAAACUUUUGGAGUAAAAUAUAAACCUGUUGUUAUUUUUUUCUUGAGUUUGAAAAUAUAGACUGAAAUCAACUACUGAGUUUCCAAAUAAAGGGAAUUUACUUCUGUCCUAGUUUGACUUUUUCUGGGCAGGACACGAGCCUCAGAAAGUCUGGGGGUCAUUCCAGGAAAGAGGUUUUAUUAUUUACCUGCUUUGUGGACUUACUUUGUCAUAAUGUUGCUCCAGAAACUCUGCACUCAGUCGCUUGUGUUACCUGCUGUGUAACCCCUGCCGGCAAAACAGUAUUA